UCAGUCCAAUUCAGUUGAUACUAACAGCUGAAAGUGAACGGACAUAGAACACGAUCACUUCUAUUUGGUGGGAAUAUUAAAAAAAAAAAGAAUUGUGUGCUCAUCUUGCCUAUUUUUAUAUUUUAUUGUUUUUUUUUGUGUGGUUAUCACAAGAGAUAAGAAAAGAAAAUAUUAAAAAAAAGUGCAUGUGAUUCGUCCCGAAAGCCAAAAAACAAACACAGAGAGAUAUACUUGGAACAAAUAUGCGAUUAAAUGUGAAGAUCACCUGCCUUGUAUUAUUUGGCGCUCUUCUCAUCAGCACGGCAUCUGGAAAAAUUUUCACAAGAUGCCAAUUGGCUAAAGAAUUGGCUCGUCAUAAGUUUCCCCGGAGUUUCAUCUCAAAUUGGGUUUGUCUGAUUGAAAAUGAAAGUGGCCGAAGCACAACAAAAGUGACUCAACAUCCCAAUCUUACGACCAGCUACGGACUCUUUCAGAUCAACAGCAAAGAUUGGUGCCGAAAGGGUAGAAAAGCCGGGGAAUGCAACAUGAAGUGUGAGGAUUUCCUCAAUGACGACAUCACAGAUGAUAUUCGAUGUGCACGUCUAAUGUACGAUCGCCAUGGUUUUCUGGGUUGGUCCGGAUGGAAGAAUAAGUGCAAGGGACGAUCACUCCCAGACGUUUCGCGCUGCUGAAUAACCAUUCUUGAUGUUUUUUUUUGUAACAAUUUUGAUAUUACAUUUCUGUCUCUUUGAAAACCACAA